CGUCAAACUCCACUUGAGGACAGUCUAGUCGACAGCUGCCAAUACAGAGGAAGAAAUGGUGCAAAUCAAAGGUCUAAUCCUGCUCCUCACCAUCUGUCUGUCAGAUGUAUGCACAUCUGCAGCUUAUCACAGUCACGGAUGUUGUCGACAAUACACCAGAGGCAAAAUACCGCUGAAUAAUAUCAAAGGAUAUUCAGUCCAGACUGUUAAAGAGAUGUGUCCAAUCAAUGCCAUCAUUUUCCACACAAAAAGAGGCAAAGUGUGCACCAAUCCUGCUUUUGACUGGGUGAUGGACUAUGUCAACCACUUAAGGAAAAAAGCAGAAAUUGUUCACAUCAAGACCUCGCAGGCUUAAUGCGGUUAAUGUGAGGAAUGCAACAAAGCUUCACGUCUUCUUUUUUUUUCCUUUUGCUGUGCAAUAAGUGUCGGCUCAGUUGUAAGAGCAGUGUACAAUGUGAAUGAAUCUAUUUUUGAUAAACGUUUGUGCAUGUAAGAUGCUGUAUUUGUAUCAUUUGUAAAGGUAGCAACAUUAAAUUUUGUUGGGGAA